GCAGGCAUGCACGCACCCUUUCUUUCUUCCAAAGAAAGACAGAGCUAUUGACUAGAUGCCCAGAAUUGCCCCCAAGUUCCGACCACCCGCUCGAAUUCUUAUGAAGUGGACUUGUAAUAUCCUUAAUGUUGCUGUUGGCAGUCUGUUACAGAUUCCAUUAUUGUCGAUCAAUGCAGUCGCCAUGUGAGGUGGGGGGUGGAAAGCAGGAGGAGAAGAAAAGGAGAGAUGAGAGCUUCCUAUUCACGGAUUUAUCAACCUGCCUUUGCUCACAGGAAAUCCUCCUGAAGGGGGCUGGGAUGCUGCUGAAACAGCUAAGGCAGGAAAGGCUAGGGAGCUGCAGUUCUGAUGAAAGGAAAUUUGAAAACCUUUCUCCCCAGAACAAAACAGAAUGCUGAGUUUGUUCUUGCAUCUUUGUUUUUGUUGAUGGUGUGCUUUACCUAGCUGAUUAGCUAUUGUGCUGUCUGGUUAUCGAAGCUGCUUCCAGUGUAGGACACCCCCCUCUUCCCUUUUUUUUUCUUUGAGUGUCUAUUCUUUAUUUCCCCAUGCUUUCUCCUGUCAUUAAACACACAUCAUUAUUCAAUUUUAUUCUGGCAUUCUCUUUCAGGCUAAAGCUUAACAAAAAGAGUCAGAGAGCAAAUCUCUCUUUCCUCUCUCCUACCAGCCUCUUUUAACCCUCUCUAUUCCGCUCAGCCUCCCACCCCCACUGCUGUGUUAGAUUGAUGCCACAGAGACAGAAUUCAGAGUGGAAGGAGGAUCACAUUUUCUCUUCCAUCCUUACAGCUUAGCCUGCAAUUUAAAUAUUGAGCCCCAAGAAUUUAGUCUCUGUAUCCCUCUCUUGCCGCUCCAUCAUUCAGUAAUUGUACUCUGUAUGGAAAAGUUUUCUGGCUGGAGGAUGAGUCUCCUUUCCCCUGGUGAUGUGGUGGAGUGGUUGGAUAGUAGCACCGAAGAGGAGAAGAGCCUUCUGUCAUUUCUGGGUAAGAGGUGCCAGCAGAAAGGUCCCCCCGCAGACGGAGCAUCUCAGGGACCAGCACAUCAGAGAAACCGAACUCCAUGGACACUGCGAAUACCUCCCCUUUCAAAGUACCAGGAUUCUUCAGCAAGCGCCUGAAAGGUUCCAUCAAGAGGACCAAAAGCCAGUCAAAGCUUGACAGAAACACAAGCUUUCGACUUCCAUCCCUUCGAAAUGCAGAUGACAGGUCUCGUGGUCUGCCUAAACUGAAAGAGUCUCGUUCACAUGAGUCCCUGCUGAGCCCCUGCAGUGCCGUGGAAUGUCUGGAUCUCGGUAGAGGAGAGCCAGUGUCAGUGAAACCACUCCAUAGUAGCAUCCUUGGUCAGGACUUCUGCUUUGAGGUCACCUACUUAAGUGGAAGUAAAUGCUUUAGCUGUAACUCUGCCUCAGAGAGAGAUAAGUGGAUGGAAAACCUUCGAAGGACCGUUCAGCCAAAUAAGGACAAUUGUCGGCGAGCUGAAAAUGUCCUCCGUUUAUGGAUCAUUGAAGCCAAGGACCUUGCCCCUAAAAAAAAAUAUUUCUGCGAACUGUGCCUUGAUGAUACCCUCUUUGCUCGUACAACCAGCAAGACCAAAGCAGACAAUAUUUUCUGGGGUGAACAUUUUGAGUUCUAUAGCCUUCCACCUCUCCAUAGCAUCACAGUUCACAUUUAUAAGGAUGUGGAAAAAAAGAAAAAAAAGGACAAGAAUAAUUAUGUAGGGCUAGUCAACAUCCCCACUGCCAGUGUGACUGGUCGCCAGUUUGUAGAAAAAUGGUACCCAGUGAGUACACCCACACCCAACAAAGGAAAGACAGGAGGACCUUCUAUUCGAAUUAAGUCACGUUUCCAAACUAUCACCAUUCUGCCUAUGGAGCAAUACAAAGAAUUUGCAGAAUUCAUCACCAGCAACUACACCAUGCUGUGUUCAGUUCUUGAGCCGGUAAUUAGUGUGAGGAAUAAAGAAGAGUUGGCUUGUGCCUUAGUACACAUUCUUCAGAGUACUGGCAGAGCCAAGGAUUUUCUGACUGACUUGGUGAUGUCCGAGGUGGAUCGUUGUGGAGAGCAUGAUGUCUUGAUCUUCAGAGAAAACACCAUUGCCACUAAAUCCAUUGAGGAAUACCUCAAGUUGGUAGGACAACAGUACCUCCAUGAUGCACUGGGGGAGUUCAUCAAAGCCUUGUAUGAAUCAGAUGAGAACUGUGAAGUGGAUCCCAGCAAGUGUUCCUCUAGUGAACUGAUAGACCACCAGAGCAACCUGAAAAUGUGCUGUGAGUUGGCUUUCUGCAAGAUCAUCAACUCAUACUGUGUCUUCCCUCGCGAGUUGAAAGAAGUAUUUGCAUCAUGGAAGCAGCAGUGCCUGACCCGAGGCAAGCAAGACAUCAGUGAGCGGCUCAUUAGUGCCUCACUGUUUCUCCGCUUCCUCUGCCCAGCCAUCAUGUCUCCCAGUCUCUUCAGCCUGAUGCAGGAGUAUCCUGAUGACCGCACAUCUCGGACUCUAACUCUUAUUGCCAAGGUCAUUCAGAACCUGGCCAACUUUGCCAAGUUUGGUAACAAAGAGGAAUACAUGGCAUUCAUGAAUGAUUUUUUAGAACAUGAAUGGGGUGGAAUGAAGCGGUUCCUUUUGGAGAUCUCUAAUCCAGACACCAUCUCAAACACCCCAGGCUUUGAUGGUUACAUUGAUCUGGGCAGAGAACUGUCAGUUUUGCAUUCCUUACUGUGGGAAGUAGUUUCCCAACUUGAUAAGGGUGAAAAUUCCUUCCUACAGGCAACUGUGGCAAAACUGGGGCCUCUCCCUCGUGUUCUUGCUGAUAUCACCAAGUCCCUGACUAACCCUACACCAAUACAGCAGCAGCUGAGACGCUUUGCUGAGCACAGCUCCAGUCCGAAUGUCAGUGGAAGCCUCUCCUCUGGGCUGCAGAAAAUAUUUGAAGACCCCACUGACAGUGAUUUGCAUAAACUAAAAUCUCCAAGCCAGGAGAACACAGACAGCUAUUUCAGAGGAAAAACGUUAUUGUUGGUUCAGCAAGCCUCCUCCCAGAGCAUGACUUACUCUGAAAAGGAUGAAAAGGAAAGCAGCCUUCCUAAUGGUCGAAGCAUCUCCCUCAUGGACCUCCAGGACACUCAUGCUGCUCAGGUGGAGCAUGCAUCUGUCAUGCUUGAUGUGCCUAUGCGCCUUGCAGGAAGCCAGCUGUCUAUAACCCAGGUGGCUAGCAUCAAACAACUUCGGGAAACCCAGAGCACUCCCCAGAGUGCACCUCAAGUGAGAAGACCCCUGCACCCAGCCUUGAACCAACCAGGAAGUCUCCAGCCCUUGUCAUUCCAGAACCCUGUCUAUCACCUCAACAACCCAGUUCCAGCAAUGCCAAAGGCCUCUGUAGAUUCUAGUUUGGAGAACCUAAGCACUGCCAGUUCUAGAAGCCAAAGCAAUAGUGAAGACUUCAAACUCAGUGGACCCAGCAAUAGCAGCAUGGAAGAUUUCACCAAAAGAAGCACGCACAGUGAAGACUUCUCCAGGCGGCACACUGUACCAGACAGACACAUACCUCUUGCUCUGCCACGACAAAACAGUACUGGGCAAUCCCAAAUCCGAAAAAUGGACCAGGCUGGGUUAGGUGCCCGAGCCAAAGCACCCCCAUCCCUGCCACACAGUGCUUCCUUACGUAGCACAGGGAGCAUGUCAGUGGCCUCUGCAGCCCUAGUGGCUGAACCUGUGCAGAAUGGGAGCCGAUCCAGACAGCAGUCCUCUUCCUCCAGAGAGAGCCCUGUGCCCAAAGUGAGAGCAAUCCAGAGACAACAGACACAGCAGGUUCAGUCACCUGUGGAUUCUGCCACAAUGUCUCCAGUAGAAAGGACAGCAGCCUGGGUUCUGAACAAUGGACAGUAUGAAGAGGAUGUGGAAGAAACCGAACAAAAUCAAGAUGAAGCCAAGCAUGCUGAGAAGUAUGAACAGGAAAUUAGCAAACUGAAGGAGCGCCUACGAGUGUCCAGCCGGCGGCUAGAGGAGUACGAGCGCAGGCUUCUGGUGCAGGAGCAGCAGAUGCAGAAGCUGCUGCUCGAGUACAAGGCCCGGCUGGAAGACAGUGAGGAGCGGCUGCGCAGACAGCAGGAGGAGAAGGACAGCCAGAUGAAAAGCAUCAUCAGCAGGCUUAUGGCUGUGGAAGAGGAAUUGAAAAAGGAUCAUGCUGAGAUGCAAGCAGUUAUUGAUGCAAAGCAGAAAAUAAUUGAUGCACAGGUCAUAAAUGGAAGUGAGAUUAUUCAAACAGGAAAAGCGGAUCGUGUCCCUGGAUUCAGCCAACACAAGACUGAUGAGCGCACUGACUCAAGUGAAGGAGCGGUACAGCAUGCAGGUCCGCAAUGGCAUCUCUCCCACCAACCCCACCAAGCUUUCCAUCACGGAGAAUGGUGAAUUCAAGAACAGCAGCUGCUGAUGGACUUUGUGAAUACAGACUGUGGGAGGAGACAGAAGGAAGCUGCCCAGCUCUCCUAUCCCAGCCCUUUACCCUCCAGGUUUACAGAAUGUUGCUUCAAAUAGCAGUGUGUUGAGAAACUCUGAAAUGAAGAAAGAAACCUUGUCUUUCAGGGCAUAAAGCAAAGACUCCCAAUGUCGAUGCUUUCCCAGUGUCUCUAUGUACAUAGGGAACUUAGUUCUGGGCCAUGUACAAAAAUACCACUGUAAUAUACCAAAAGGAAGUUAAUAAUGUAGAUUACCUUUUUAAUUAUUACUAUUUUAUUAUUGUUUUUCUCUCGUUGAAAGCACUGCAGUUUCUAGUGGAGGAAAAGUAGGAGCCGAGUGAGAGUGAGAAAUGAGCCUGUCAGUUCAGUAGGUAGAGACUCUGUGUAUUGGAUAGGAGCACAUGGAGUGCAAUAGGACCUUGUCAGAAUGAUUUUUUUUUUCCCCAGGGAUUCAUCUGCCAGUUUAAAAGCCCCACCCUAGACCCUUACCAUUAGGAAAACAUGCAAUACCAAGACCUAUACAAAACAGUAAUUUAUGCCUCUGGUCAGCCAGGAUGGUUCUGAUCAGACAGUAAUCUGAUUUAGAGAGGACAUGGAUAAAAGUGGGUGGUUGUACCAAAACUGAAUUAGAAAUGAGUUCUGAAUUCUGUCAAUAUGUUUCCUCCAUCUACAGCAGAUGGAAUCUUCUGCUUUAGAUAUGGGACUUCUUUAUUUUUUAACUCCUACUUUUUUUUAAACUACUCAUAGGAGUUGACAGAACUCUACAUAUCUAUGUCUCUCUACCAUCUUCAUUUUCCUUGGGCACUGCCCUUGCCUCCCCAUGCUGGGAACGGUCAGCACCAGCAGGCUUGACUCUCCACUGAGAGGUUUUUCAAGUGUGCCAUUCAUUAGCCAUCUGAAUAAAUACCCUUUCUUCCACACAAAAAAGGGCUAAUUACAACAGAGCAGGAAUCUCGUGACUAUUUCCCACUCAAAUUUUCCUUCCUAUUUGUGUUUUUACUUAGGAUAAAGAUUGUAUCCACCAUACUAACAAAUCUGUGGGCAGGGCUAUUUCAUCACCACUUUUAACUUUUAAAUUGCUGCUUCUUUCUGUUUAUCCCUUCCAUAAAAUUUGGGAAGGAAAUCUAAAACUGAAGCAUGUCUUUCUUUUUAAAAUGCUGAUUAAUCUUGCUACAUAGAACCAGAAUGUGAGGAUGGCACAUUCCAGUUGUUAUUCCACACUCGUGGUAGACUCAGCAAGAAUGACCCAGCUUAUUAUUAAUGGCUUUAAUACAGGACAGAAAAUCCAUGUUUUUCUCCAGAGUGUGACAUGUCACCUGGAAUGCAGGCUUAAUUACCAGAGGCGGAAAAAGGUAGCUGCAGGUUAAACAAAUAUUAUAUAUAAAUAUAUAUACAUAUAUUCACACAUAUGUACAUAUAAUGUGCACAUCAAAAAUGUUCAUACCUUCUAUGCUGUCAGAUAUACACAGAUAAUGUUUAAAAGGGUCCUGAAUCUCUUUAAGCAAGAUCUACACCAUUUUACGUUGAAAAAAAAAAAAACAGCAUUUCUCAAAUAAGUUAAUGUUUUGUUUUGGUUUUUUUAAGUUAUAUACUUUAAGAUUUUUUUUUAAGUAAAGGAUGCGGAGGAAGACAUAACAGAGCCAUAUGCAUGGAGUAUGUGUUUCUACAUAGUAGAAUAUUUAUAAAAAACAAGAGAACGUGUAGUACCCUCUUUGUUUGAAGCCCAGGCAUCCAUACCAAGCCCUCCUUUCUACCAAGUCCCAGGCAUGCAUUCCAAGUCUCCCUUGCCCCUUAGAUUGACCUUUAUGUCUGACCUUGCAUUUCAGCAACCUCACCAGAACCCUCAACUGACCACCUUUGGAAAGGGUUUCUUCAUAAUAACCUUUUUGUGUCAGACAAACGUCUAAAACAGGAGCAUCUCACUGUGCUUGGAGCUGCAGGCCUCCAUGGCCACUUGAGUGUUUUCUUGACCCUUAACGGCUAUUUUACCAGGUCUUAUCUCCUCUCCAAACUGAGGCCACAUUGUGUUAAAAUUACUUCAGAAGAGAAAAGUUUUUUGAUUCUGCAGUAAUGGCCUGUAUUGAGUGAAGAGGGAAUGUAAACAUAGAUCUUUUCUUGUUUGUAGCUUAGCAGUGUUUCCUUCAUUCUUGAAAACCCUUCAGUAGUGCCACAGAGAAGCUAGGCAAUUCUUAGUCUCAGUGGCCUGAAGUAUAUGAUGUGGUGACGUCUUUCUUUGAGGUUGAGAAGGUAUUGAGAUGCUGGUUAUAGAUUACAGAGUUGAUCAAAUAAGUGUAGUGAUGAAUGCAGUGUAACUAUCAACACUCUGGCAUCUCUGAGUGCCUGUCUGCACUGCAAGAUUGAAUUUCAAAACGUUUGGACAUAGGAUGAGGCCCUCUAGCCAUCGUGUUACCAUGAAUGAAGAGAAAAAAGUAAAAUAACAAAAAUAGUGAGAGGAUUAGAGGUCAGAAGUUCAGCAUUGUUGCCAGAUAUUAAAUCUCAGAUUAUUCUUUGAGCCUACUCAUCUUUUUAGCCUAUCAGAAAUAUUAUUCUGGAGUAUAGCUCGGUUGGCAUAGUGCCAGCCUAGCAUGCCAGAGGCCAUGGGUUCAAAUCCCAGCACUAAUGAACUGGGAUAGUGGCACACAGGCCUGCAAUCCCAGCACCCCAGGGAUGGGAGCAGGAGGAGCAGGAGAUCAAGGUCAUCUGCUGCUGCAGAAGUGUCCUGGCCAACCUGAGUUAAGACCCUGUCUCAAAAUGCUAAAAAAUAUUUUUUUAAAUAUUUCUUUAGAGAAUUUUGAAAUCUUACAAAGUUUAUUUUGAAUUUUUUUAAGUAUAGAAGAGGACAGCAGCGGGUGCUGAUUUAUAUGGUGUUUCUUUAACUCCAAUAGGUACAUCAUUUUGUUUUACUGGGAAGAAAUGUGUGAUUUUUAAAAAGCAGAUGGGUUAAGUAGCUGCAUCUUGCGAUUCCUGUUUUUGUCAAUACGUCAACAUGUUACAGGGUGAGAAUAGACCAGGGUUGGAUGGAGUUUGGUAUUCAGGUGAUGUACUUGUGAAGCUUUUAUCCCAGUGAGGGCCUGACUUGACCAUUUACAAGGACAGCCUUAAUAGGACCAGGAAAGGGGCUUCCUGUUUCCCUCCUACAUCACUAGAGCAAUAAGAUUUCCAGGCUUUUCCAGAACAGCAAAAGGUCCUAUUCCCAUAAGACUAGCAUUGCUUCAGCAUCUGCCCCUGUGUGCUGCUUGGCUCUGAGCCAGUCUUUUACUUGGUGUGGAAACUGAGGCAAUUGUGCUACUAUGACUGUUGUUGCUUUUUCACUUACCAUCAGGUUGGUGUUAAGUGUUAACUAAGGAACAUUAGUGUUGGAGCCGGUCUGCUUCUGUCCUCUGUUAUGGGGUUGCACAGUAAAAAUGUGAGCGUUUCUAAGAUUGCUGUAAACAUCCAGUGUGCAUACUGGGGCUGAGCAGGAUUUCAGUGGCUUCUGUAUUCUUACUGUACCUGUGACUUUUGUAUGGGAUGGCAGCUCUACAGAGCCCUGGCUUCCACUGUGUCCUCAGGGAAGUAGUUUAGGAGCAGGGUUUUUGUUUGAAGUUCCAGAGGACAAUUGCCAUCAAGUGUGUUUGCUUUAGUGUUUGCUCUGCUUCCUCCCAGGUACAGUUCCUGAGAAGGCCUGUUAAGGGACUGAGCUGGGAGAAGCAGCCUUCUUCAGGAUCCUCAGUCAACAGACUGACUGAGCCCCAGGCUGGACUGUAGACUAGCCAUGUCACUGGCAAACUCAGCAUUUCCAGAGCCCAUCCCACAGUUUUACUUCAUGGAGGUGGGGGGGGGGGGGGUGUCUCCUUCUGCUGCAGAUUAAACAAGUUCAGGGAACAUUCUGCUCUAUACCCCUUAGCUCUUUCUUUCUUACUUCUUUCUUUCUUUCUUUUCUUUUUUUUUUAUGGUUUUUAGAGACAGGGUUUCUCUGUGUAGUUUUGGUGCCUGUCCUGGAUCUUGCUCUGUAGACCAGGCUAGCCUCAAACUCACAGAGAACCGCCUGGCUCUGCCUCCCAAGUGCUGGGAUUAAAGGCAUGUGCCACCACCACCCUGCACCCCUUGGCUUUUUUCAAGUCAGUAAUGAACUCUUCCUUGCUUGCCUCAGCAAUAAAAAGUCACCUUCCCACCCUGUACCUGGGAUACCCUUUAAAACUAUUAAUAAUUUAAAGGACUUAUACUUGUUUCUUAAAAGCAAGUAAUGUUGAAGUUUCAAAUUUGUAAGUACAAGCUUUUUUUAUGUUUGAAUAAUUGUUAUCAGUUCUUAUAAAGCACCCUCCUGUCACAGACCAUCUAGGAAAGCUCUUGAGCUUUGAAAGGACAAGGGUGAUGCAAUUUGCAUGAAAGAGAGUAAAUUUCUUCCGGAAAGAUCCUGAGGAAGACACAUGAUCCAAUGGACUCCGUUCCUCAGAAGUUCAAAGAAACAAGUGGAGUUGCGUCACCUGGCUCCUCCUAAGAUGUAUAUGUGGAAAGGCAGCUCCUGGGACAUCAUGUGCAUGCCUACAGAAAUACACACCUCUUAGGGCAUCCCUUUAAAAACAAAAAAGUUAAUCCACUUUAUAAACUAGUCAUUCCUAAACUUUCUUGAUGUUUUGUUUUUGUUUUGUUGUUUUUUAGAUUUUAUAAAAUUCUAUUCUCUUUUAAAUGUACUAUAUGUGUUAUAUGUAUAUAUAAGUUAAAGUAACUUGAGCUAGGUAUCAUUAUUGGUAGCAUAGAGAAUAUGGAGUAACAGAUGACUGUCACCAUCCGAGAGCAGAAUACAGAAAGUAGUUUUGGUUCCUCAAUCAGUUAAUGCUCAGGUGUUUGAACAGCCCAGCUAGCCUUGGUAAAUGCAGCAGGCCACCCGAAGAGAGGUCAGGAGUACUUUGACCCCAUGGUACAGCACAUUUUAAUUUUCUACUCUGUUAUUUUUUAUCAAAUGCCCUCAUUGUUCCCUAGGACGUCUUGGAACUGAAAACCUGACUGUACUGUUGGUGCGGUGACAUUUCCACAGCUGUGUUUUAGGGGUCCCCAUCCUCUGUGUGUGGUCAUGCAUUUGAAUAUAAAUAGCAUGGUUAUGUCAUUUCCAAACCCUGAAGGAAAUUAUCAAUUUCCAGUUCACUAAAGGUUAAAUGCUAAUUAACUCGAUGACCGCUAUCCUACAGAAAAGCUAAAAUAUGUAGUAAAGGUUGAAUUUUGACUGGUGCUUAGAUAUUUCUAGCUAUAUUAGGAUCAACUCAAGCAAACAGCAGCAUAUUUACCUGGGUCACACCUGUGAGGAAUUUUUCUUCCAAAUUUGAUUUUGUUUUCAUCUCCAGGGCCUUAAUAAGAGUGUGUUAAUACACAUGACUAUUUUACAAAGAUAGUUCAAAAUAAUUUAUUUUUUAUUUCAAGAAAGAGAAAUUCACCUUAGAAAAACAAAACCCAAGAUUUUAUUUUAUUUUUAAAGCCAUAUUUUUGUGCUUUGUAGCACUCAAGAUUGUUCCAUAUGUGAUCCAUAUCUGCAUUUCAUUACCUGGGUUCUAAAAAAGAUUUAUUUUUGUUCUGUGAAUAAUUUUUGACGGUUCUUGUACAUGUACAGAUAUAGAUACGUUUGAGGUCUUUUAUUGAUAUUCCUACAAAAAAUACAAAUAAACUUUAACUUUAAACA